AUGGAAUCUUGCUCUGAUCAUGUGGCAGCAGGACUUCUUCACACCAUUCAACAGUCUUCCCUACGCCGCCCUCCUCCUUCGGUUUCCGGCGAGACGACAUCACGAAUCGUUGCCAAGCAACUUUUCAAUCGAAAUGCACAGCCAUGUCACAAUAUAUCCAAAAAAUAUCGUUCUCUCCUCCUUCCCCUACAGCGCCGGUUCGGCAUAGUCUCCGCCUCCCCCCCUCCGCCAAGUGUGAGUGAAACGACCGACACACCACACGACCCUUGCACCAAUUGGCUACACGAUGAGUCUCAACAUGGACGUCGUAGCAACGGAAAAACUGCCAUCAACUGA